GAUCGCACGAUCGCGGCCCCAAAGGGUUCAGUAGUGUUUGCGCGCUUCGAUCGAGUGCUGGUGUGCGCUGCGUGUUGCGGUCGGGAAAGUGAAGUUGAACGUUUGUUUUUAUGCUGCGGCACAUGGGACACACUAGCUCACGACAACUACCCGGUGCGCUGGAACCUAGAAAGUGAAGUGAUUGUACCGUUGUGCUUGAAUGACCAGAAACCGCCUUCCUUUCCCGGCGGACCAGCGUAAGUGAAUCGGACGCGAACAGCUUAAUCCGAUCCGAGAGCGUGCGUGCCGACGGAACGCGACGCCGGAAAAUCCCAACGACAGUGCGAAAUGCUUAUGGAUGGGCGCGCCCUAGCCCGACCGUAGUGGACUCGGACGCGGAGACAAUAGUGGGUAUUCUGGGAAAAAAGCGGCCCAACAUAUUGUGCUCGAAGCGGCAUAUGUGAAGCGGAUCGAGUGCCGUCGUGCGUGCCUGGAGUGCUUGCCUAGAUAAGAUUGCGUGAUACGCGCAGGACUCCGAAGUGGGGAAAUCGAGCAAGAAUUCAGAGACACACUCCACAGAGUGAUCCGCAGCCCGCAGUGCAGUGCUCCCGUCUGAAGCCUCAGUCCCGCCGGAGGGUCGUUCGUGGAACGAUGCGUAAAGUUUGGCUGUUCGCCAGCGCCUUGCUGGCGUUUCUCAAUUUCGUCAAGUCACAGGAGCUGGCCCGAACCUUAUACAGUCCAAGAUACGAUAACCUGGACAUUGACACCAUUUUGGGCAGCAAUCGGUUGGUUUCGAACUAUGUGGACUGCUUGCUGAGCCGCAAACCGUGCCCCCCGGAGGGCAAGGACCUGAAGCGGAUUCUUCCGGAGGCACUGCGUACCAAGUGUGCACGCUGUUCACCGAUCCAGAAGGAGAACGCGCUGAAGAUCAUCACACGGUUGUACUUCGACUACCCGGACCAGUACCGGGCGUUGCGUGAGCGUUGGGAUCCGUCGGGCGAGUACCAUCGACGGUUCGAGGAGUACUUGCGUGGCUUGCAGUUUAACCAGAUCGGCGGAAAUGGCGCUACUGCUCCUGCAGGACCAACCACUGGCAACGGUGGCGGUGGCGGCGGCGGUAGUAACACGGUAGACAGUGGUAACGAUAGGCCGGCUCCACCACCGGUAUUGGUGAACCGGUUCGGUGAGGACGCUGACCAGGCUCGGCCGACAUUUGCGCCGGCGCCCGUUCCAGUGACAACCACCACGACCCAGAGGCCAACGACUACGGAAAGGCAAACGCGUCCAGUAACGCGCCAAACGACGACCAGAAAUACUCAACGUACCACCACAAGAUUCAUAACACGAGUGCCACAAACGCCACCACCACGGACCACGACGUUCAAAACACCACAACGACCUCCAACCAACCAACCAAUACCAACGGCACCACAACAACCACUUGCACCGCCAUCACCACCACAAAUCUAUCCAACAAUAAUACUACAACAACCUCAGGCCCCACCGAGGGCGACACCAACAACCACACGACCACUCUAUGUUCCAACGCGACCACCCUACGUACCAACGGAACCGACACCUCGGACGCAGUACGACACUACGCCGGACAGCAUUAUUGAUCACUUCUUUGUUCCGCCAUCGCAGGCCGCGAACCAGCCGCUACCGGCCAGCCCGAUCGUGGGCCUCUGGAACCAGCUGGGCACCAAGAUAGCCGACACGGCGGACGCCAUCGCCGGGAUGCUGAAGAAAACCGUCGACGUCCUGGUGACGAGUCACAUCCAGUCCCACCAGAGGGCCCUGCGAAGAAUUUGAAAGCCAACGGCAGCUGGCCCCACUUCCGAGUUCUUGGCGAAGUAGAAGAAUGUGCUCCUCCUCUGCCCAGGCGGAUAGGCGAUGGGCCUUUAUGGGUUCUACUCGAUCGACUGUCGAAACCCUGCCACUAAUAAUGGGGUCGGAUGUUAGUAAUCAAACGAGCGAAAGAAAUGGAAAAGAAAAGUUCGAAAACGAGAGAUAGCGAGAGAGAAAGAGAGGGAUUGUAAGUGUGGGGAUGGAUGAGAGAAUGUUUGCCGUUUUAGGCAUUAGUUUUCUAUCAAUAAAAUAGUGUUUCGGCUCGAGCCAAGGAUAGGUAAAAAAAAACCUUAAACUCAAAAGGCGGAGAUCAGUUAACUUCGGAUCAGUUAAAGCAUUCGGAUCGAGCGAAACGAAAGUUCACGGCCACAAUGGUAGCUACUCCUCCUCUGUUCUUACACUUUAGAUGCAUAUACUACAAACAAACGAGCCAAAUUGUUUCGCUACGCUGGAAUGUAAAAAAGUAGCACAUUCCUUAUCAGGAAGAAAGGGCAAAAUUUACAAACAAAAAAUUAACAAAUUCUGUGAUUGUGAUUCAGUGAUAAAGUAUGUGUGCACCUUUUAGUGUACGAGUACAGCCUAGGCUAGCCGAGGGUCCGUGGGAAUGUCCUUUUUGCCGCUGUUUUCGGGGGUUGACAUACUUUAGUCUGACUUCUUUCGGUAUUUGCUGCAUCCCCGUAUCUGGCGGACGAGUGAACAAUUUGAAUAGGGACAGCAAACAGUACGAGCUACAACAAUUACGCAUUCAGGGUGAGCUUUUAGGUCCAUGGAAUAUGCAUAUAUUUUAUCAUUAUUAAUCAAUAAAUGUAUU